ACUCUUCCAAUCACUUCUAUUACAUUUAAAAAUUACUUUGUUUCUACCCCCAAUAGUUUCAUUGCUUCUUAAAAUAAAACCCUGUUUUUUCUCUCUCCCGAGCUCAGAAUUCCCUUAGAAAAAAAUGAACCCCAGAAUUGAUAAACUCGUUAGAAGGACGACUAUGGUGGCUACUGUUACUGCUUCUUAUUUUCUUCUCACUGCUGAUUAUGGCCCUGAACCCAAUGUUCUUGACCCGAUUAAAAAUGCAAUACUAUCAGCAGAACAUUCUCUGAAAGAGUCGAUAUUUGGACCAAAGAAAGGUGUUCAAGAACGCGAGACUGAGAAAUUGGCCCCUAGCUCAUCGGAGAAACAUCAAAAGUCUGGUGGCUAGCUUGUUUUCUCGUCCAAGGAGGCAGAAUGUAGGACUACAGCAACUCAACAUCUGAAACUCUACUUUACUUUCUGAAUUCUUCUUUGGGUGAAUGUGAAUAUUAGAAUUGGCCUUGUUUAAGCAUAUUACUGAUGCUGUAAAUGUGAUCGAUGCUGCAGCGUGUUUAUUUUGGUAUCCAGGGAUCUUUUAUCAGUUGAAUGAAUUACACUUUUCGUCUAUAACCUGACAAGCUCACCUUCAUGUGAGCUGUUAUUCUCAUGAGUUUUAACUCUUUUAAGAAAAACUCAGUUCAAAAGAGUAUUAAUGUCGAAUCAAGGUGCAGUUUAUUUA